AUGGGUCUCCUGACGCAGUUCACUCUGCUCCUGUGGAAGAACUUCACUCUCCGGAAGAGACAGAAGGUGCGGCUGGCCGUAGAAUUGAUAUGGCCUCUGUUUCUCUUCAUCAUACUGGUGUGGGUUCGCUCCACCAAUCACCCAAUUUACAAAGGCCAAUGCCACUACCCAAAUAAAGCCAUGCCAUCAGCUGGCAUGCUGCCCUGGCUUCAAGGUAUGAUCUGCAACAUCAACAAUCCCUGUUUGAACUAUCCAACGCCGGGGGAGACACCAGGCCAAGUCAACAACUUCAACAACUCCAUAAUAGCUGGGGUGUUGAUAGAGCUGCAAAGCCUCGUGGUGAACAGGUCUAUUCUCAGUAAGGCACAGCUGCUUGCAGAUGACAUCGACCAGUUGAACUCAGUCCUGACACAGGCUAACCCUGGGAAUGGUCAACCAGUGAUUCUAAAGAGUAUUCUAAGAGACGGUGAAACUUUCUCCACUCAUCUGAAAGAGAAUUUGUCGGUGCCACCAACAGUGAUCCAAAGCCUCAUGAAUGCUGAGAUUAAACUCAAUUCAAUGAUGGGCAUCCCAAGGCCUGGCAACCUGAGGAGCAUCCUGUGUGAGGGGACAGAUCUGGAUCAGUAUGUCCAAUUUAGCAGCCAAGCUGAAAAGCAGGCUUUUCAAAAUGUCAGCUGCUCCCUCACUCCACAGCAGCUGAUUAACACCCAGCAAGUACUCCUGCGGAACCUGGAUGCGAGGAAAGUUCUUGCCGAGCUACCUCAAGCUUUGGAUCUGAAUUCAGCAGACACAGCGACGUUGAUGGGGAAAAUCACUCAAGAUGCGUUACCAGUGAUUGAGGAGAUGGCCAGGUUGCAGAAUUCUGUGAUCUUUGAGGCUGCGAGUGCAUUGGAUUUCCAAAGGGACAUGAUUGGCAGUGUUAAUAUGCUCUUGUGUGGAAUUCCCUCUGACUUCAACUCCACCAAUAUGCACAUCAGUUCACAGUCACGAAGACAGAUGGUUAACAGCGAGCCAAUCUCCAUCAUGAACAGCAGUUCCGAUGCUUUUUGUCAGACCCUUGUCGACACCCUGGAGAGCACACCUGGUCUGCGCUACAUUUGGAGCACCUUCAAGCCGAUAUUGCAAGGGAAAGUCCUCUACACACCUGACACACCUGCUGCUCGCCUCAUGGUGAAAGAGGCUAAUAGCACAUUCAACACCUUGGCUAUGCUCAAAGAUCUCGCUGAUUCAUGGGAAGAACUCGGCCCGCGUGUCUGGGAUUUCUUUCAGAAUAGCACUCAAGUCAAUGCAAUCCGGGCUCUGCUGGCGAAUCCGGUGUUUGCUGCUUUCCUCAACCAGCGUCUAAACGGCACAGCGUGGACGGCUGAGCUGCUGGCCAACUUCCUGUACAACGGGCCGCCAGAGGAUCGUCCACCCGACAUGCCGCCGUACGACUGGCGGAAUGUUUACAACAUGACGACCCAAAGCCUGAAGCUUCUCUCCAACUUCCUCGGUUGUUUAGACCUGAAUAAGUUCGAGGCGACCCCGACUGAAGGCCACCUAGUGAGCAAAGCACUGCAGCUUCUGGAGAAUGAAACAUACUGGGCUGGCAUUGUCUUUGAAAACCUGCAGCCAAACUCCAGCGAACCGCCUCCUUAUGUCAAAUACAAAAUCCGCAUGGACAUCGAUGAGGUGGAGCGCACCAGGAAAGUGAAAGACAGGUUAUGGUCUCCCGGGCCCCUGGACAACCCCUUUAACGACCUCAAGUAUAUAUGGGGAGGCUUCGCCUACCUGCAGGAUAUGAUGGACCACGGCAUUAUACGAGUGCACACGUCAAAGACCCAACCCCUCGGUGUUUUUGUCCAGCAAAUGCCAUACCCUUGCUUCGUGGAUGACAGCUUCCUCCGGACUCUGGCACGCUCCCUACCCUUAUACAUGACUUUAUCCUGGGUCUACUCUGUGGCCAUGAUCGUUAAGGGUAUCGUUGCAGAGAAGGAGGCGAGGCUUAAGGAGACAGUGAGGAUCAUGGGAAUGAGAAAUACCGUCUAUUGGCUGAGCUGGGCAGUGUCCAAUAUGCUGCUGCUGGGCGUCAGCACUCUCCUCCUUGCCCUUAUUCUAAAGUAUGGCAAAGUGUUGCAGUACAGCGACCCUUCAGUUAUCUUUGUCUUCCUGCUGGUGUUCUGCCUGGCCACCAUCACUCAGUGCUUCUUCAUUAGCGUCUUCUUCUCUAAGGCCAACUUAGCAGCGGCGUGUGGUGGCCUCAUCUACUUUGUCCUCUACCUGCCGCACGUCCUUUGCUAUGCCUGGAGCGACGUCAUGGGUUUCGGGGCCAAGGUCGCCGUGAGUUUAUUGUCAUGUGUUGCCUUUGGCUAUGGCUGUGAGACCUUUUCCAAGUACGAGCAGCAAGGCAUCGGUAUUCAGUGGUACAACAUCAACACCAGUCCAGAAGAGGGAGAACGCUACACCUUCAUCGUGUCCAUCAUCAUGAUGCUCGCUGAUGCUGCUCUGUACUGGGUGCUCACCUGGUACAUCGAAAAUGUCUUUCCAGGCCAGUAUGGAAUCCCUAAGCCAUGGUACUUCCCUUUCACCAAAUCUUAUUGGUGUGGGACAGCCUCAGUGACUGACGCUGACCCCGACUUACUGAAGAACUCCACGGUGCAAAACGAGUAUCUGGAGAAACCGCCACCCAAUGUGAAGGCAGGGGUCUCAAUCCGCAAUCUUGUUAAAAUCUACAAGACUGGAAAGAAGCUCGCUGUGGACAGACUGAGCAUGGACUUCUACGAGAAUCAGAUCACAUCUUUUCUUGGCCACAAUGGAGCCGGAAAAACAACCACGAUGUCAAUUCUGACAGGACUCUUCCCGCCGACAUCAGGAACAGCUCUCAUCAAUGGAUAUGACAUCCGCACUGACAUGGACAGCGUCCGGAAGUACUUGGGGAUGUGCCCGCAGCACAAUGUUUUAUUCAAUGAGCUGACGGUGGAGGAGCAUAUCUACUUCUAUGCCAGGCUCAAAGGGCUCAGCCGCGAUGAGGUGGAAAGUGAGAUGGACCAGAUGAUUAAGGAUGUUGGUUUACCACAUAAGCGGAAGGAUCUUGCUAAGAACCUGUCAGGUGGGAUGCAGAGGAAGCUGUCUGUGGCCAUAGCAUUUGUCGGUGGCUCAAAGAUCGUCAUCUUAGAUGAACCUACAGCGGGAGUGGACCCCUAUGCCCGCAGGGGUAUCUGGGAACUGCUGUUGAAGUACAAGCAAGGUCGCACCAUCAUUUUGUCGACACACCACAUGGAUGAGGCAGACAUCUUAGGCGAUCGCGUUGCCAUCAUCUCCCAUGGCAAGAUGCGCUGCUGUGGCUCCUCGCUCUUCCUAAAGAAAUAUUUUGGCAGCGGAUACUAUCUCACUCUGGUCCGAGACGGGGCUGAACAGAUGACAGCUCAGCGAAACGGGAUCAUAAACACUCGGGCCAAAGAGGAGAAAGACUGUCCUUCAAGAAACAGCAGCCUGGAUGAUGGCAUCGGCAGCGAGAGCUGGAGCAACUCAGGUCCCUCAGAUUUGACAGCUGUGGGUGAACUUGUGCGGCGCCACGUCCCUGAGGCUGUCUUCUUGGAGUGCAUUGGUCAGGAGAUCACCUACGUACUGCCUUAUAGUGGAGCCAGAGAUGGGACCUUUGCUCUGCUCUUCCAAGAGCUCGACCUGGCCAUGGCUGACCUCGGCCUGACCAGCUACGGCAUCUCUGACACCACGCUGGAGGAGAUAUUUCUAAAAGUGGCAGAAGAUACUGGAGUGGAUGCAGAAAUACCAACAACAAAGGAGCUGAGAGACUCCAGAAGAAGCUCCCGCGCAUCCAAGCGGAACAGCAUCGCCGGCGUCCACAUUAAGACAGAACAAGGCUCUGGAAGGACUGAAUUGAAGGAAAAGUUCACAAGUAAAGUUGGAGACUUAAAGACGAACGCCAGCGUCAGUGGGAAGGGAUCCACGGUCAUCACCGGAUCGGAGCUGAUCAGGAGGCAGUUCCUGGCGCUCUUUAUCAAGCGCUUCCACUACGCCCGAAGGAGCCGCAAGGGACUCAUUGCCCAGGUGGUCUUGCCGGCUGUUUUUGUGUGCCUGUCUCUGAUCUUCUCGCUCAUUGUCCCACCGUUCACUGAAUAUCCGAGCCUGGAGCUGCAACCCUGGAUGUACGGUCUGCCUCAGACCACCUUUUUCAGCAAUGACCGGCCAGACAGUGUGGAGGUGUCUAAGGUGGUGGAAACCUUGGUGAACACGCCUGGCUUUGGGACUCGCUGCAUGGAUGGAGACCCAAUACCGAAUUUGCCAUGUUCCUCAAGCCGCUCUGAUUGGUUCACUCCAUCCGUGGAUCAAUCCAUCACUGACAUCUUCCUCGAUGGUAAUUGGAGCAUGUCGAACCCCUCCCCCUCCUGCCAGUGCAGCACGCCUGAACGGACGACCAUGUUGCCUGACUGUCCGCCCGGCGCAGGAGGGCUCCCUCCACCUCAGAGGAUCCAGAACACAACAGACACAUUGUUGGAUUUAACUGGACGGAACAUGACAGACUUCUUGGUGAAGACCUUUGAGCACUCGGGCAAAACAAGGUAUGGAGGGAUCUCUGUCGGAGCGGUCAACUCCCAAGUCCGUCUGACCGAGGCAACGAUCGAAGCCGCAUUCAAGGAUCUCAAAGACCUAUUCAGUUCAUUCCAGGUUAAUGUGACUGAUCAGAUCUUCCCGAAGGCUGAGACGUUUGUGAAGGAGCUUGGAACCAGAGACAACGUAAAGGUGUGGUUCUACAACCAGGCAUGGCACGGCAUGGUGUCCUUCCUCAGUGUGGCCAACAACGCCAUCCUGAGGGGAAGUCUGCCAGCAGGACAGGACCCCCGCCAGUAUGGCAUCUCUGUGUCCAAUCACCCCCUCAACCUCACCAAGGAGCAGCUCUCCCAUGCUGCCAUGGCCACAACCUCCACUGACGUGGUGGUGUCCAUCUGCGUCAUCUUUGCCAUGUCCUUCAUCCCUGCCAGCUUUGUCCUCUUUCUCAUCCAAGAGAGGGUGAACAAAUCCAAGCAUCUGCAAUUUGUCAGUGGAGUAAACCCAGCUGUCUACUGGUUGGCCAAUUUUGCCUGGGACAUAUGUAACUACAUCAUCCCGUGCUUGAUCGUGAUCGCGAUCUUCCUCUGCUUCCAACAACAAGCCUAUGUUUCGCCUGCGAACCUGCCGGCUCUGAUUCUGCUGCUUGUUUUGUACGGGUGGUCCAUCACCCCCAUGAUGUACCCCGCCUCCUUCAUCUUCAGCGUGCCCAGCACAGCCUACGUGGUGCUGACCUGCAUCAACCUCUUCAUCGGCAUUAACGGCAGCGUGGCCACCUUUGUUAUGGAGCUCUUUGAUGAUGAUAAUGUCACCUACAUCAACGACAUAAUGAAGCAGGUGCUGCUGAUAUUCCCGCAUUUCUGUCUGGGCAGAGGGCUAAUUGACAUGGCCAAGAACCAGGCAAUGGCGAUGUUCUUCAUCAGUUUUGGGGAAAACCGUUUCAAGGACCCACUCAGCUGGGAUAUGGUGGGAAAGAACCUUUGUGCCAUGUUCAUCGAGGGACUUGUCAUGUUUGCCGUCACAAUCCUCAUCCAGUACAACUUCUUCUGCAAACCAAGGCUUAUUUCGGGGAAGUCAUUAUCUGCAGAAGAGGAGGAUAUCGAUGUUGCUCGGGAGCGUGAGCGGGUGUAUGGAGGCAGGGCCCAGAACGACCUUCUGAGGAUCUGUGACCUCACUAAGGUAUACCCUCGGAAGAGCACUCCUGCUGUGGACAGGCUAUGUGUGGGCGUACCUGCCGCAGAGUGUUUCGGGUUGCUGGGAAUCAACGGGGCUGGGAAAACCACCACGUUCAAGAUGCUGACAGGAGACAUCCCAGUCUCCAGUGGAGAGGCCUUCCUAAAUGGAUACAGCAUACGAACGGAAAUGAGGAAUGUGCACCAGAACUUGGGCUAUUGUCCCCAGUUUGAUGCUAUUGACGACCUCCUGACUGGACAAGAGCAUCUUGAGUUUUACGCCAGGUUACGAGGGGUACCAGAAAAAGAGGUCACCAUGGUGGCUGAGUGGGGGAUCCAGAAGCUGGGGCUGGUCAAAUAUUCCAACAAGUCUGCAGGAACCUACAGCGGUGGGAACAAACGUAAACUCUCCACAGCGAUGGCCCUGAUUGGUUGUCCUCCUGUGAUUUUCCUGGAUGAGCCAACCACUGGGAUGGACCCCAAAGCCCGGCGCUUCCUGUGGGACUGCAUCCUGAGCAUCAUCAAAGAGGGACGCUCAGUCAUUCUCACAUCACACAGUAUGGAGGAGUGUGAAGCGCUGUGCACACGGAUGGCCAUCAUGGUAAACGGUCGCUUCAAGUGUUUAGGGAGCAUCCAGCAUCUGAAGAGCAGAUUCGGCGAUGGCUACACAGUGAUUUUGAGGGUCGGCGGCUCUCCUCCUGUGCUGAAGCCAGUUGAGGACUUUGUCGAGCAGACCUUCCCGGGCAGUGUCCUGAAGGAGAAGCAUCACAACACACUGCAGUACCAGUUUCCACACACACCGGGAGCUUUGGCCAACAUCUUCAGCCAGUUCAGCAGCCAUCAGCACAGGCUGGACGUGGAAGACUACUCUGUGUCCCAGACCACUCUGGAUCAGGUCUUUGUGAAUUUUGCAAAGGACCAACACACGGAGAAGGACUCUCAGGCCUAUGACAACCCAGUGGACACCUCAGAUGAGCUGCCAUUGCAGUCUUUGACGACCUCCCAAGAGACAGAGACGGUGUAA